UCAAGGAAAUCAAAAACUUUGGAGUACACAAAUAAGCAUAUCGUUUCGUGUUAUCCAUCACUCAGAAAAAAAAUCCCCUUGGAGACAGAGAAAUAAUGGAAUUGCUUCCCCACGACACCGUAGAGAAAAUCCUCGAGAGGGUUCCGGUGAAAUCUCUGAUCAGAUUCAAGUCUGUUUCCAAACAAUGGAAGUUGACAAUCGAAUCUCAAUAUUUUCAGGAGAAACAGUUGAUCUUCUAAGCUGGCGGGAGAGAUCUAAAUCUUGUAUUGGUGUCUACAGAAAUAAGGACGUUGGUGUUGCCCCAUCAUGUUACUGCUGAUUCUCCUCCACUUAAAACUAACGUGUUGUUGAAGUCAUCAGAACGAUAUCAGUUUUACUCACUUUGUCACAACAGUUGUGACGGUCUUGUUUGCCUCUAUGAUUACCACAACUUAAACAUUGUUUUUAAUCCCGCCACUCGAUGGCAUCGACGUUUCCCUGUUUCCAGGUUGCAACAACUCUGUCUAGAGAACCCUAGUAGAAGAGAUAUUCGUCACGUUAACUUUGGAUGUGGCAAAGACAAAAUCAGUGGCAUAUACAAACCGGUUAGGUUAUGUAACUCUUCCGAACUUGGCCUGGAAAACGCUACUACAUGUGAAGUUUUUGAUUUUAGCACCAACACUUGGAGGUAUAUGUAUAUCAAUCCUUCUUCUCCUUAUCGGAUUAAUGCUUCCUCGUUUCGGUGGCAUGCUCUGUAUUUAGAUGGAUCGCUUUAUUGGUUAACCGGGGAGAAAGAAAUAAAAGUUUUAUCGUUAGAUCUCCAAACCGAAACAUUUCAAGUUAUCUCUAAAGCUCCUUUUGCGGAAGCAGAUCCUAGAAACAUCAUCACAUGCAGCCUGGAUAACCGUUUGUGCGUAUCCGUUUAUAAACCUCCCCAACAAGUGAUAAUAAUAUGGUCGUUCAAUUCAGAGAACAAGACUUGGGAACAAAUAUAUUCGCUAGUGAAUCGUAAGAUUAUGCGAUCCUUACCACUAGCAAUUUUGGAGAAGAAUAAGCUCCAUUUUGCAGCUUUUUCAUUAUAAAUGAACUUUC